GUCGUCUUCAUGCAUUGCCAUCGUUAGGGUUUAUCAAGUGGAAGAGGAGAAGAGCGAUUUCUCAAAUCGGCUUUAAUGGCGGACGAGGAUUACAACGAACCCGAUGAUUUGGGAUACGAGGAUGAGCCAGUGGAGCCUGAGAUAGAAGAAGGAGUAGAGGAAGAUGCUGAUAUGAAGGAGAAUGAUGAUGUCAAUGGUGAACCUAUUGAAGCAGAAGACAAAGUUGAAACAGAACCUGUACAACGUCCUCGUAAAACUUCUAAGUUUAUGACUAAGUAUGAACGUGCACGUAUCCUCGGCACUCGCGCUUUGCAGAUUAGCAUGAAUGCUCCUGUCAUGGUUGAGUUGGAGGGUGAGACUGAUCCACUUGAGAUUGCUAUGAAAGAGCUUAGGCAAAGGAAGAUACCAUUCACUAUUAGACGAUAUCUACCUGAUGGGAGUUUUGAGGAAUGGGGAGUUGAUGAACUGAUUGUGGAAGACUCGUGGAAACGUCAAGUUGGUGGUGAUUGAUAAUCUGACGAAGGGCAAAUCUAUGUAUUCUAAUUUCGCUUGCGCUCGUAUUGAACUGAAAUGAUCGAUCAUGGAAGACUAUGUCAAGUUGGUGGCAAAUGAUAACAGUUACUAUGUAUGUUGCAAGUUUUCAUAUGUAUGAUAAAUUUCUGAUACCAUUAAAAUGGGUAUUUUUUUCCAAAAUUAUCAUUAUGAAAUUUAUUUUCCAAAAA